CUCUGACUGACUGAAAGUCUACACCUUACUGAGCGACUUCAUGGAAACAACGAGGGAACAGAGGCGGUUUGAAACCCUGCUGCUGCUCCUGGUGGUGCUGUGGUGCAUUGGAGCUCCGGGAUACGGGGAGAGAGUGUGUUACUGUAGUGGGAAGUCACUUUGUCACUGUGAUGGGGUCAAAGGGCAAAAGGGUGAACCUGGUUUACCUGGAGAGCGUGGACUUCCAGGAAUGAUUGGUUACCCUGGAAAUGAGGGUCCUUCAGGAUUCCCUGGACAAAAGGGUGAUCAGGGAGCUGUGGGAUAUCCAGGACUGAAAGGCUCACGGGGUCUUCCAGGAAAUCCAGGGUUUCCAGGCCCUCCAGGACUCCCGGGACUUCCAGGACAUGAAGGUCACAUCGGCCUACCAGGACUCCCAGGAUGCAAUGGGACAAAGGGUGACGCUGGAUGUCCGGGGUUCCCUGGACCUCUUGGAUCUGCUGGUUUUCCAGGAUCACCAGGGCUCAGAGGACCCAAGGGAGACACGCACAUCUGCGUGACCGCUCUGCAAACUAAAGGAGAACACGGAAAACAAGGACCACAAGGACAGAAGGGUCUGAGCGGUGAUCCAGGUCCACCCGGUCUUCAUGGACCACAUGGACCACCAGGAAAUUCUGGUAUUCCAGGGUUGAUGGGUUUACCAGGAGAGAAGGGCCUGGAAGGUUCUAGACCUAUCACCACGGGUCCACCAGGACAGAAGGGUGAUCGUGGACCUACAGGGAUUCCUGGUCCCAAAGGGAUCAAACUGUACGCUGAAGGACCCAAAGAGCUAAAGGGAGAACCAGGUAGAGUUGGAGAGAAAGGCAGUCCUGGACCUCCUGGUAACCCUGGGAGACACGGGGUGAAAGGGGUCAAAGGUGAACGAGGUGAUCCUGGUCCACCGGGCAAAGGUGGUAAAGAGGGUGUCCAGGGAGAGCUGGGCCCCCAGGGAGAGUCAGGAGAUCUUGGGUUCUUCGGACCUAUAGGUGUUGAUGGAACCAAGGGGGAGAAAGGAGACAGAGGUCCUCCAGGUCUUCCAGGAGAGAUUGUUUGGAACCACAGAUUCCUGAAAGGUUUUCGUGGCAUGCCUGGCAUCCCUGGAUUCCCGGGGCCACCAGGAGAACAGGGGUUUAUUGGUUUUCCUGGACUUCAGGGUGAAACAGUUCCAGCUCCUGCAGGACCCCAGGGCUUACAGGGGCACCCGGGCCCAACGGGACCCAAAGGAGAUCCAGGAGAACCAGGACCUGUUGUCUCGGGGCCAAUAGGAAAUACAGGAGUCCCGGGAGCUGCUGGAGGACAGGGAGAGCAAGGAGAACCAGGAAUACCAGAUUUCGUUCCUGGAGACCCCAGCCCUACAGGUCUGAAAGGGCAAAUUGGUUUUACUGGAUUUCCUGGGAGCAGAGGGGAGGAGGGUGAGGCGGGUGAGAAGGGAGAGACCUGCUUCACUUGUCUUCGCUCUGACACGCCUGGAUCCCCUGGUAAACCUGGAGAACCAGGUGAACCUGGACCGACAGGUUCAGAUGGUUUACCAGGAAGUGUUGGGGACAAAGGGAUCAAAGGUCACCGAGGGUCAACCGGUCCACAGGGAACCUACGGUUUCCCAGGGGUCCCUGGUCCCCCAGGACUUACUGGAGAACCAGGGACCAUGAGCAGGGUGGGAGAGAAGGGUGAGGAAGGCCCACCGGGAAAACCGGGUCUGCUAGGAGUCAAAGGAAAGGACGGGUCCACGGGAGUCAUUGGACUAAAAGGAGUUCAAGGACAGAAAGGAAACCCAGGGCCUCCAGGACAAAAAGGUGACAGAGGACCACUUGGAGAGAGUGGUCCCGUUGGACUGAUAGGACAAAGGGGGCCUCCAGGACCUCCUGGAAUUGGUGUUCCAGGACCCCCAGGACCAAAAGGCAAUGUGGGAAAUGUAGGACAGCUUGGAAUUCCUGGAAGUACAGGUGAGAAAGGUGCUCUAGGGGAACUCAGGACAGUUCCUGGUGAUCUGGGGCAGAAAGGAGAGAAGGGUCUUUCUGGAAUUCAAGGACCUGAGGGUAUGACUGGACCUCCAGGAAAUCCUGGACACAUUGGUCUAAAGGGAGAAAAGGGUGACAAAGGUCAUUCUGUUCAAGGCUACCCUGGUUUUCCAGGGAUUAAGGGAGCAAAGGGUUUUCCAGGAACUCCAGGUGGAUCAAGUUUUGGUAUUAAGGGACGAGAGGGGCCUUCUGGACCUCCAGGAAUACCAGGACCUAAGGGAGAGCAGGGCAUUGGCUACAUGGGACAGGGGGGUCAACAGGGUCCUGAGGGAGAAGAAGGCUCUCUGGGGCCCCAAGGGGAUCCUGGACCUCAGGGACCAUCUGGAGUCCCAGGACUUCAAGGACAAGACGGACCACCGGGCCCCAAUGGUUAUAAUGGUCUAGAUGGUGUUCAUGGUCCCAUGGGUUCAACGGGACUCUGUUUGGAAGGGGAUCCUGGGCCUAAAGGAGAGCGUGGACAGAUUGGUCCCAUUGGAUUCCCAGGGGUUUGUGGCCCAAAAGGGGUACAAGGGGACCCUGGGUUGUCAGGUGUGGGAGCCCAAGGUCCUCCAGGAUUACCUGGAACUCCAGGAUAUGAUGGAGCUCCUGGCCCAGCAGGAAGAAUUGGCCUAAAGGGGCAAAGAGGGACCAAUGGGGGGGCAGGUAGCCCAGGUAUAACAGGUGAUGUAGGUCCACCUGGACUUCUGGGACAACCAGGGGACAGUGGGAAACCAGGAAUAAUUGGACAAGUUGGACCUAGGGGUGAGACAGGCACUGAUGGAAUAGGAGGGUCUCAGGGGCCUCCGGGUCCUCAGGGGACUCAGGGUGCAACAGGACUUCAGGGACCCCAAACUUCUGUUGAAUCAAAUGGAGAUCCUGGAGAUGAUGGAGAGCCAGGUGUCCACGGUGUCACUGGUGUGAAAGGAGACAGUGGAAUCCAUGGACCUCCAGGUCCUGAUGGCCUUCAUGGUUUACCUGGAGACGUGGGACCACAAGGACCUACUGGUGAGCCCGGCCAAAAUGGAGGUAAUGGUUCUCUUGGUCCCAACGGUGCUGCUGGUUACCCAGGGAUGAUGGGCCAACCAGGUUUUAAGGGUGAAAAAGGAUCCAUUGGUCCCCCUGGUAAACCGGGUCGAGAUGGAAUAGUAGGAUUGGUAGGACCUAAGGGUGCUAAGGGAGAAUCAAGUCCACCUGGACCUGGAUACAAAGGAAGUGCAGGAGAGAAGGGUGAUCUAGGAUGUUCAGGAUCUCAAGGUGCAGAGGGAAAUGUAGGAGCUCCUGGGAACUUUGGUCCUGUGGGAGGAAAUGGUCCAUGUGGCCCUACAGGAGACCCUGGUCCUCAGGGGUGCAGUGGUCCUCCAGGACCUCUUGGUGAAAAGGGAAGUGAUGGUUCUCCAGGAGCGAUUGGUUCUCCAGGACUCACAGGUCUCAGAGGGAACAGUGGACCUGGGGGAGAUCCUGGUCCAGUUGGUCCAAGAGGAAGCCAAGGACAAGAUGGGAUACCUGGACCUCCUGGAGAGAAAGGAUGCAUUGGUGCUCCUGGAGUAGGACCCCGGGGCCCAGAGGGGAUUAAAGGUCAACCUGGUCCUGCCGGAGAGCAGGGGUCUGCUGGACCACUGGGGCCUCCUGGUCCCAGUGGUCCAGUGGGAGAUGCAGGUUGCCCUGGUUUCCCUGGACACCCUGGACUUCCAGGUGCUCCUGGACGUGAAGGGCAUUGUAUGGAAGGUGAAAAAGGUGAACGUGGAGUCUCUGGUUCACAAGGGGCAAAAGGUCCCUCAGGUUUCCAGGGCCCUCCAGGUCCUCCAGGCCCUGGUUAUAAAGGAGAAAAGGGAAACACGGGACCAAUAGGUGUCCCAGGCCCCCACGGUUGCCUUGGUGAUCCUGGUCCUCAAGGUCAACCGGGAAAGGAUGGAUGUCAUGGUCCACCUGGUCAAAAAGGAGACAUGGGAGUUACUGGUGUAUCUGGACCUUUGGGUUUGAAGGGAGACAAUGGACCACAAGGACCACCAGGCUCACCAGGACCACCAGGACCACCUGGACAGAGCGGUCUAAGAGGUCUGAGUACAAAUCAGACAGUCCAAGUGAUUCCAGGAAAUGAAGGUCCUGUUGGAGAUCAGGGACCACCAGGACAGACAGGACCCCCGGGCGUUCAGGGGAGAGCAGGAUUACCAGGAGUCAAAGGUGCUGAGGGUCCACUGGGUGUCAGAGGACCAGGGGGGCGACCUGGGUGCAAAGGGGAUCAGGGAGAGAGAGGACAGUCUGGACAGAAAGGAUCUCUGGGUCCACGCGGUUCACUUGGUGUGAAGGGUGCCAUGGGUCGUCCAGGUUCAGAUGGAAACCCACCAGAGAAGGACGGCUUCCUUUUCACCAGACACAGUCAGAAUUUGUACAUCCCAUCAUGCCCUGCAGGCUCCAGAGAAGUGUACAGUGGAUACUCUCUGCUGUUUAUCAAUGGAAACAACCGCGCUCACGGACAGGACCUGGGUACAUUGGGAAGCUGUCUACCUCGCUUCACCACCAUGCCCUUCCUGUUCUGCAGCACUGAUGAUACCUGUCGAUACGCCUCGCGCAAUGACUACUCCUAUUGGCUGUCCACCAACCAAACAAUGCCCAGCAGCGACACCUCCAUCACUGGAGAUUUACUGCAGAGUUACAUCAGCAGGUGUACUGUGUGUGAGGCCAGAGCCAACAUCAUAGCGGUCCACAGUCAGACCACUGCUCUCCCUGAUUGUCCAUCAGGCUGGGAUCGUCUCUGGUUUGGAUACUCCUUCGUAAUGGAAACAGGAGUGGGGGCGGAGGGUUCAGGUCAGCCCCUGGUCUCACCUGGAUCCUGUCUGGAACACUUCCGGAAGAUUCCCUUCAUCGAGUGUCACGGCCGGGGAACCUGCAACUACUACGCUGACUCGUACAGCUACUGGCUCUCCGCCCUGGACCCUAGCAACAUGUUCAGUCAGCCACAGCCUCAGACAGUGGAGGGAGACUUUCCCGUGAGUCUGAUCAGCCGCUGUCAAGUCUGUAUGAAGAGGCUGUGAACGCAGUAGUGACAUCACUACAGGUGCUAACAAUGCUGUCGUGGUCCAGAAAACUGUCUCUGAGCUGACCUUGAACAGCACCACCUGCUGGUCUGAUCACAGUCAGUCCUCUACUAUUGUUAUAUCUUCACCAAGUUUGAAUGUUGGAAAAAGUCAGAAUCUUUGCCUGAAAUUAUUAUUAAUUUGUUUAUAAAUCCAAAUACAGGGGGGCUACCCAAAAACAUUUUUCAAGUUAACAAUAUAUUUUUUAUAUCUAUGUUUUUGAUGAUUAGAUAAGGGUGAAUUUUAAUUAAAUUAAUUAAUUCAUAGUAUAUUUCUGGAGGGGCUGGAACAAAUUAAUGGGUUUUUUAUUAUUUUUAAAGGAAAAUCCUAUUGAGAUACGAGUGGAUCGACAUACGAGUGCUUUUGUGGAAUGGAUUAAACUCGUAUCUUGAAGUCCCACUGUAGUAGAGAAUUCUAUACUGUCCUCUCCUGGAGAUACUUUGAUGAUUCAGCACCAAACCUGAACCCUGACCUAUCAUAAGGACCAAUCCCACAGUCUCACCUGUCUGUUGAUUAUACUGGAGAUAAUUUUGUAUUUUUCAGAGCUAUUGCCAAAUUAUAUGAAGAGAUUUUUUACAUAAAUAUUCCUGGUCAAACACAUUACUUUUGUAAAACUUCACUUUGGUUGACAUCUAGACUUCUCAUCUUCUACUUUAGAAUCAGAAAGAAAAAUGUGUACAAAACGAUGGAGAAAAAGUACAGGUACUAGAUAAGGUGCUGUCAUUACUGGCACGGAACUUGUACUACUCAGGAACUUCAGGUUUUAUUGUUUCUACUGUACUGCUUUUACUGCUGAUCAAAUAAUGAAUUUAUAAAAUUUGGUACUUGUGUGUCACUGUGACUCCAGCAACAGCAUUACUCCUAGUGCUGUUACUGCAGAAACUGUUUAUUUUAUAUUUCUUCAUGUUCUGUCUGUGUUUUUUAAUUUCAUCUUCUUUUACUGCAGAUACUAGAACUAAAAUUAAUCGCAGAAAUGCUAGUUUUACUAUGAUUGUAGUACUGCCUCUACAUAUAGAAAUACUAAUACAACCUACUCAUAACUGUGCUUUAUGCCUCUUGACAUGCUAUACAAUCUUUAGCCCGAGGAGGGCGCACUUACUCAGAUGCCUGUGCCGAGGCAGUACCACAUUUUUUAAUGACGAAUUUAUGUGUAUUUAAAUGUUUUUUUAAUACUUUUUACUUUGAUUGAAAAUAUUUGUCAUAAAAAAAUCGUUUGUCUAAAACAGGAAAUCACUUUUACAAAAAAUAAAAACUGCUGAAGAAAGUGA